UCGUUGUACAUUUGAACAACUUUCGAACGAGUGACUUCAUCCUGUCCCAAACGACGAUCUUUGGCACUCUACUUGUCGAAUAGAAGAGAAGGAAAGGAAAGGAAUCGGCAGUAUCGAAUCUGACUCCAUAAUACAAUUCAUAUUAUUACAAGAAAAGAAAGACUAACUUUCACAGCUGCAACAAAGCACUUCAGAUUAAUUUCGUAACUUUGACACCAAAACAUUCCGAAGACUGUAUUCUGCUAUUUAUCGGACAUCGACAGACGUUCACAGUAGAAUUUCUACGGGAUAUCGAAGUAAAGAGAUAAAAAAUACUUUGAUACUCUAGUAAAAAGACAAGCAUUCCGCUUACACACGAAUUACCGAAGCAAAACAGACUGCACGACAUAACAACACCAAGAACAAACAAACAAUUAAGCUAUCUUAAGUUUAAACAUCAAGUGAACAAAAUGACAUCCAUUCAGAAGAAACCGUCACAACAGAAUGGGUCCAACAAGAAAAACAUAAUCCAGGGAACUGGAACCUACAAGGACGGUCUUGUCGAACAGACGAAAGAUACAAGAUACAAGACGGAAGAUGUAACAGACACGAAAGGAAGAGAAUUUGAAGAUUUCUUCCUAAAGAGAGAGUUAUUAAUGGGAAUUUUCGAGAAGGGAUUCGAGAGGCCAUCACCCAUCCAAGAAGAAGCCAUCCCAAUCAUCCUUCAAGAUCGCAACGUCUUAGCUCGAGCCAAGAACGGCACUGGAAAAACGGCUGCUUACAUCAUUCCAUGUUUAGAGAAAACGUCCACCGAGUCGAAGACCAUUCAAGGUAAGAACAUCUGGACGAAACGAUCCGAUACAGCAAAGAUAAUACUCGCAGAAACUGAAACCCGAACCCGGACAUUUCUAGCAUACGAAUUAUGCCUAUUAUUGCGGUAACAUACAGUUUAUUUUGAGUUAAGGUAAAACAACUCGCGCACUUCCCCUCCCUCUCACUCAUAAGGUACUUUUAUCCUUCCUCUCCAUAACAUUUUUGAUCAUUGGUUGGCACAUUUACCUAUCCUUGCCCUACAACUUUUCUGGAACGAACAACGCAUGUAAUUUGCGAACAGUCUUAAUCUUGAUCCCUACGCGAGAGUUGGCACUCCAAACAUCAGCCAUUGUGAAAGAAAUGGGAAAACACAUGGGAGUACAAUGUAUGGUCACUACCGGUGGAACAUCGCUGAAAGACGAUAUUAUGCGUCUUUACAACACUGUCCAUAUUAUUGUUGCUACCCCGGGACGCAUUCUCGAUCUUGCGUCCAAAAAAGUUGCCGAUUUGAGCAACGUAAAAACUAUCGUGAUGGAUGAAGCUGAUAAGUUGUUAUCACCUGAGUUUCAACCCGUUUUGGAGCAGAUCAUUGGUUUCUGUGACAAGGACCACCAAAUCUGCUUGUUCAGCGCAACCUUCCCUGUCACCGUGAAGGACUUUUGCAAACAGUUCGUUCCUAACCCAUACAGUAUCAAUCUCAUGGAUGAGCUCACUCUGCGUGGCAUUACACAAUUCUACGCCUACGUUGAAGAGAGACAAAAGGUACACUGUCUCAACACGCUAUUCUCAAAACUUGAGAUCAAUCAGAGUAUUAUUUUUUGCAACUCCGUCAAUCGUGUUGAAUUGUUGGCGAAGAAAAUCACGGAACUUGGCUAUUCUUGCUACUACAUUCAUGCGAAGAUGCAACAAGCAAACCGAAAUCGUGUCUUCCACGAGUUUCGUAAUGGUGCCACGAGACAUUUGGUCACUUCUGGUAAGGUUAUAUUUGAUCGUUUCUCUACGUUUUCUAUGUUUCAUUCCUGAUCAAUAAUGUUAGUCGUUCGACCAUGCGUUACCUUACUUAUUUUUACUUCACUAUCUCCUUUAGAUUUGUUUACUCGUGGUAUCGACAUCCAAUCGGUCAACGUGGUUAUCAAUUUCGAUUUUCCGAAGAACAGCGAGACUUAUCUUCACAGGAUCGGCCGUUCGGGACGCUUCGGGCAUUUGGGACUUGCGGUCAACUUGAUAACAUACGAAGAUAGGCAUAAUCUUCGACGAGUAGAACAAGAAUUGGGGACGGAAAUACGCCCCAUUCCUCCGGUCAUUGAUCGCAGCCUGUAUGUUGGCUAAUUUCUCCAGCAUUCAUGGGUGGAGCGACUUAUUGGUAGGGGUACAGUGGCCUGCUUGCGAUUGUGAUAGCGACCUUUUCUUAAUCCGCUAUUACCUACUUUACAAUCGUAAACAGGAAACUCCUUGUCAAGAACGCUCCAUCCUUUUUUUUUCCUUUUGAUUUUCAGCCUCUUUGUUUUGGAUAGAAAAAAUCACGGACGAAGAAUAAAAUACACAUAAAGAACACGAUACAAACGAUGAUUUUAAUUCUAAAGAAAGAUUUAAACAAGGUGGCGAAUCUCCUUUUCUGAUGAAAUAUUUCCUACUGCAAUUCACUACUCCAUGCAUGUCUAGUGUUGUAAUACAAAUACUGACAUGAGAUAGAAGCAUUUGAUCUAGGUAAUAAGGUUUUCUAUUAUUUGCCGGAAGUAAGAACGAACUAGGCCUAGCCUGGGGGCCAACCAAAUUCUUUUCCACCGAGGACGUGAACUUUUACAAAUGAAAUUCGACAAAGGGAUUUCAUGUAUCAACAAAAGAAAAAUAACGAGUCAAAUUCUGUCAGUUAAACUGUCGGGGAUGMUAUUGUCAUCUUCGAGUAACGAUGCAUCGAUUCAAAACAUUAGGACACGAUGACAACCGACCGAACAAUUAAUUCGAACCCUGCCGAUGACCGCUAAUUAUUCACUCACCGUGCAAAUGAAAGACUUCUUGGCCAGCAAUUUCCCCGUCGUUCACAACAACGCGUGCGCCGUCUCCAAAGCCGAGGGACUUGUCCUUGGCAAUUUCACCUGCUGCCACCAUAAGGCGUCCCAGGAUCUCAUAGUGUUCCGGCGUGGCCUUGCUCAGACGAGUUAGUCCAUCACGAUCCUUUGGUAUCACCAAAACGUGUGCUGGUGCUGCUGGAUUGAUAUCCUUAAACGCCAAGAUCUUCUCAUCUUCCUUUACGAUGGAAGUUGGGAUCUCCUUGUUCACUAUUUUGUCAAAGAGCGUUUCUGGUUCCGUAUCCCGCAUCCCUGCCAACC